CCUACAUGGCAGGCCUCAGCAUGGAUGCUGAAGUUACCCAGGAUCAAGGCCCUGGAGUUGUUCAACAUCACACUUGAGGCCACCUCAGCCUAGGGAGCCAGUGCAACCAUACCAAUAGCAGCCAAAAUUUGUCUCUUUAGCCCAGUUACCAGGUACAGAUAUUCAUAGAUUGGUCCAUUGUGGAGGAUAGAUAGAUAUUUAGAUAGAACUGCAUUCACAACAGCUCCAUGUAUAGAUCCUCCUUGUAUAUAGUUGAAACUACCAUGGAAAAUAGAAACUGAAGUUUUUAUGAUGAUUGAAGACUUGCCAUGUCAAUCCUGACAAUGACAUCAUCAGAAUGCACAUGGAUUGUGACAACAAUAAGCUGUGAGGUGGAAUUUUUAUCCCCUUUUUCUUUGCUGGUACAGGUUGAAGGACUGGUUUCAUUUGCAAGCUUUAUGAUGUGCUACUAGUUUCACCCUUUUGAAGAGCUGGCUCUUGGAAAUGUCCUGUCUGAUUCCCAUGGACCUCAAGAGAGUGAAGAAACUUCAGGCCUUGGUCAAUUUAUACAGCCAAGAUCCUGGGCUUGUGGGCGACAGGCAGUUUGCUGUAUUGCGGACCCACGUGGAGAAUAUAUUACAAACUCACACAGGUGCCUCUGGGAGAAAGGUACUUGAGGAGGAAGAGAUAUUUGAGGCCACAAACUGUGAUGAAAGUGAUGUCGAAACGGAUGAGGACAAUGAGAUUGUUGAACCCGACCAAGAUAUUCUCCAAGAAAUGGGAGAUGAAAAUGUUAGACUAACCAGCGAGAUGAUGGAUCAGGCUGAUGAAAAGCGGGAAGAGGCUUUUGACGCAGUUGAUAAAGGCAAUCUCCAAAGAGCCAUUGAAUUGUUUACCGAUGCCAUCAAGUUGAACCCCCAGUCCAGUGUCACAUAUGUGAACAGAGCAAGCACCUUUGUGAAACUAAAGAAACCUAAUGCAGCCAUCAGAGACUGUAAGAAGGCCUCUGAACUGAACCGGAAAUCUGCACAGCCAUAUAAAUGGCAAGGGAAGGCUCAUAUGCUCCUAGGGCAUUGGGAGAAAGCUGCUGAAGACUUCACCAUGGCUUGCAAACUGGAUCGUGAUGAGGAAACUCAUGCUUUGCUUCAGGUGGUGCAACUGAAACUCCAGAGACUCAAGGAGUUUCAUCACAAAUGUGAGCAAAAGCGAGAGUUAAAGGAAAUUCACAGAAGGUUAGAAAGAGUCAGAUUGUCCCUGGAAGAGCAAGAGCGAGUCCCGAGAGAGGAGAAUCCCUGGGAUGAAAUGGCCAGAGCAGGUCGGAAACAUCUCAAAUCUUUCCUUACCCUUUUAGAUCCCCGGGUAAUGAUGGCAUUCCUGGAUGUGGUCUGGAAUCCUGAAAACAUCUACAAAUACCGAAAGAAAAAUGUGAUAACUAAGUUCACUCGCAAACAUUAAUUUGAAGGUCAACUACAUGUGGCCUGAUAAUAAACUCACACAUAGAAAGAAA